UCACCGCAUGCAUUCCUUUUGACGAACCUGUCUCGGCUUUGAUUGUCAUAAACACAAUUGAACCCUGCUUAGCCACGCAGGUCAGGCUACAUAAACGCCAUAAAUAUUUCAUGCCGCGUCACGCUGAUCUGACAAAAAAGGAGAUUUUUUUUUUUUUUUGUGGUGGUUUGAAUUGAAAUCCCGCCUCAUAUAUUUCAUUAGGCACUCUGAAAGUAUUCGGUCUGUGGUCCAGAAUAUAUGUUUUAUUCAUGUCCCUCUGAACAUCUGCUUGUCCGGAUGUCAAAAAAAAUCAUCAGGCUCCCCGAGGACUCCCGCCCGACUGGUUGUAAAUGAACUCCAAGAGUCGAGACUCAAAACAACCUGUCAGAAGUCUCCAGCGAGAGAGAGAGGAACCACCCUUCAAACACGGCAGCCGAGAAAUCUCAUUCGGGCUGCAAUCAAAGCCUCGCUCCUCCCAAACAAACAAGGCUAUCUGUAUUGUUCCUCCCUCUCCAUCUAUCUCUCCACCUGGCAGCGAAGGGGGUCGUGGACACAGAGUGACAGCCUCUGCAUUCAUGAGCACAUCAUCAUCUGCCCCCCCUCAACAACAAUUAGCACUUCAUCACUCAAACCCACUGUGCAAGUGGAGAUGAAUCAAUUGGGCGGAUGCUGCAGCGCGUAAAAGUUGUGGAUGGUUACUUUUGCGCGUAAACAUUUAAAGGACUCCAGAAGUUGCGCCGUGGAACCAGAGCAGGUGAAAUUCUUCCCUCUGCAACGACGUCGCCCGCAGGCAGGCUGGAAGACCCCCCGCUCCGGACGACGCAGCGGAUCCGCAGAGCGCAGAUGAUCGCAACUGGUGUUUGCGGCGUCGCGCUGGUGCUGGUGCUGGUGGUUCUGAUCCCGGUCGUGGUGAACACCGCCGGCACCCCCGCCCGCUACGAGAUGCUCGGGUCCUGUCAAAUGGUGUGCGACUCCCACGGGACCGCGACCACGACCACCACCACGGCCAAGGCGACCAACCCGGUGAAAGACAACCGCCUGGUUCAGUCUCUUCCAACCUUCAUCCAGGGUCCUCAAGGGGAGCCGGGGCGCGUCGGGAGGAUGGGUCCGAGGGGUUCGCUGGGCGAGCCCGGCCCACCCGGACCUGCCGGUCCGCCCGGGGAGAGAGGGGCACCGGGUGCAGCCGGAGCACCCGGUGCAUACGGGCCCAACGGUGCCAUCAGCGCCGCCACUUACAACACGAUCCCAAAGAUUGCGUUUUACGCCGGACUGAAGAAGCAGCACGAGGGAUACGAAGUGCUGAAGUUCGACGACGUGGUCACAAACCUGGGCAACCACUACGACCCCUCUUCGGGGAAAUUCACCUGCUCCAUCCCGGGGAUUUACUUCUUUAUUUACCACGUGCUGAUGCGGGGCGGAGAUGGAACCAGCAUGUGGGCCGACCUCUGCAAGAACAACCAGGUGAGAGCCAGCGCCAUCGCCCAGGACGCGGAUCAGAACUACGACUACGCCAGCAACAGCGUGGUCCUGCACCUCGAGCCCGGGGACGAGAUCUACAUCAAGCUGGACGGAGGCAAGGCGCACGGGGGCAACAACAACAAGUACAGCACCUUCUCCGGCUUCAUGCUGUACGCCGAUUGAAACGGACCCCCGGCUCCGACGCCCAGUUGGAUUAAUGGAGGGCAGAGCUCACUCAUUUCCAUAUUGCCGAAAAAAAAAGAAAAGAGUCCAGGAAGAUGAGGAGGACGUCAUGCGCAGGAAGAAGAAAAAAAACUGUUCUUUUUUUUUUGCAAAAGAGAGCUUAAGAGUGUACAUAAUAUUGAUAAUGAAUAUUUAAGUGUGAAUUGUGAACUGUUUAGCUUUACAAUUGAAGUUUGCUGACAUGUCAAACAUAAUCUGCUGUGGUAGAUUCAAAGUGCAAUGUAUUGACCUUUAGAUGCACACAUUAUACUCACAUAACCGCCACUCAUUCACAGUGUAGUUAUUCCACGUGUGCUUUAUUUGUUGAAGAUGUUC